AUGGCGAACAUCAUACCCCUCAACUUCCGGGUCGCAAAGCCGGAGGAUGCCCCGAAAAUUCAACAACUCGUGCAAGCCGCCUUUCGCGCAGAAGACAGCCGGGCAGACUGGACGGCGGACAUGGAACUCGGACGAUCGUUCCAAUACUCUGUCGAGGAAGUCUUGAAAACUAUCAACAACCCCGACGCAGCGAUCAUCAUGGCCUCGGACGAAAAUGGUGUGCUCCUAGGAUCGAUUGGGAUCAUCAAAUGCAACGACAACCUUGCUCGUUUUGCCAUGCUUUCCGUUGACCCGGAACAGCAGUGCGGAGGCAUCGGGCGCCGGGUCCUCGCCUACGCCGAGGACUUUGCCCGGAACUGGAACUUAAGGACUUUCGGGCUGAAUGCGCUUUCGUCGCGCGAGAAGCUCAUCGCGUGGUACGAACGCUGCGGGUACAAGAAGUCGGGCGAAACCUCUCCGUUCCCAGUUGAUCAAUUACCUCAACUGAAUUUGCCAAAGGACUUGUGCUUUGUUGAGCUAGAAAAGGAUACUCUAGCUGAGGAGCUCGUGGUUCGACGAAGCUAA